AUGAUGACCGUUUAUGAGGCGAAUGGCUUGAAAAUCAUUUUCGAGUUUGAUCCAGCCGAAAAGCAUGCUGACGGAUCUCGCGGACCUAUCAACAUUCGGUUGGUGGCUAGCGCGACAAACAGCACUACACCGAUCGAUGCAUUUGAGUUCCAAGCUGCUGUGCCAAAGUCUUGCCAGUUGCAGCUUCUCCCUCCUUCAGGCACCUGUACACGCUUUAACGGCCCACCCAUCACACAGUUGCUCAAGCUGACCACUCCACCUAAAGUGAGCUGCUUCUGA